ACCGUUCGUCUUGACUGGAAGAUCGCAGGAGUGUCGAGUGGAAGGAGAAGGGAGCGCAGCAAGACUUCAUGCCUUGGCAUCGACAUUCAGGCCAUGGAAAUAACACUGAAAGCUUUUCCUAUGAAGGUUGUCAAUAUUCCUUGGAGGAAUAACAACCUGAGUAAUCUGCAUUCAGAGCCUCCGCUGUCUGAACAUGGAGAGACCAUCAUUGGAGUCUACCUGCUGGUCUUAGGCUGGCUGUCUUGGUUUGGAAACAGCCUCGUGAUGUUUGUCUUGUACCGACAAAGGGCUUCUCUACAACCGACAGAUUUCCUCACUUUAAAUCUCGCCAUCUCGGAUGCCAGCAUCUCAGUAUUUGGUUACUCCAGAGGGAUUUUGGAAAUAUUCAAUAUCUUCAAGGAUGAUGGGUUUCUAAUCUCCUGGAUUUGGACCUGUCAGGUGGAUGGUUUCUUCACAUUGCUGUUUGGGCUGGCGAGUAUCAACACUUUGACCGUUAUCAGUGUCACAAGAUACAUCAAGGGAUGCCACCCCAACAAAGGUUGCUGCAUCAGCAUGAACACCAUCGCAAUAUCACUCAUCUGCAUCUGGACCGGAGCAGCAUUUUGGUCUAUUGCACCAUUGCUGGGCUGGGGCAGUUACACAGAUCGAGGAUAUGGAACUUGUGAGGUGGACUGGUCCAAAGCCAAUUAUUCCACUAUCCACAAGUCUUACAUCAUCUCCAUUCUCAUCUUCUGCUUCUUCAUUCCUGUGAUGAUCAUGCUCUCCUGCUACAUUUCCAUCAUCAACACUGUCAAAAGCACUAACGCCAUGUCAGCCGAAGGUUACCUCACCGCCCGCCAAAGGAAGGUGGAGAGAGACGUGACAAGGAUUUCCAUUGUAAUUUGCACAGCUUUCAUCAUGGCCUGGUCACCGUACGCAGUCGUCUCCAUGUGGUCUGCCUGGGGGUUCCAUGUGCCAAACACAACCAGCAUCAUCACCCGCCUCUUUGCCAAGUCGGCCAGCUUCUACAACCCGCUCAUCUAUUUCGGCAUGAGCUCCAAAUUUCGCAAGGACGUGUGCACCCUCCUGCCGUGCGUCGGGGAAAACAGGGAUGUGAUCCGUCUGCAACGCUUUAAAAACAUCAAGCUUAAGGCUCAAGCCGCCCCUCCACCCGCACCACUUCCUGCCCAGGUACUGGAGGCCAAAUACACAGCGAAAGACAUGAUGCGAUACAAUCCUGACAGUGACUCGGGAGUCAACAGUCCUCCUCGGACUCCUCCAUUUGAGAAACAAGAGAUCUUCCAUAUUAAUUUGCCCUCGCAUAUCGAAACAUCAGAGUAUUGCUGUGACAGACUCUAAAGACCGGGCCAUUCUACUUAAACACAUAUAUGACUUAUGAGGGAAGAUUAAAGAGAUUUUUCUAUUUUUUUUGCUCUUAUCCAUCUUUAUAAGGAUGUAAAAUCCAUUAUUACUCUCAAUAAAUGAUUUUUUUGUCUGAAGGGUCAA